CGUGAUUAAUCAUCCGCCAAAUUUUGGAUGGUGCUUUAAAGUUAGCGAACACGGUUGGUUAAGGAAGUUUUCCAACAUGCCACCAGUAAUGUCGAACAUGUUACGACUUUACAGAAUACCAGCUCAGAAAAAGUACCUUUAUCCAUGAUAUGAAGAGGUUUUAAUUCGAAAGUUUUAACCGGAAGUUGGUUUUAUUUAUUAUUUUACGUAAACUCGUGGGAUAAAAGUGAAGAGGAGGAAGAUUCUAAUCACAGUAAUAGUAGCUAUGAACCAACAUUUCAAGGAUGCCGACUUGAAUAACACCGUGGAAAAGCCUGGGCAGCAAUAUUUGGAGAGGAGGAAGCAGGUUCUACCUCCAAAGGGAACUACCACAGGAACCAGUGAUGACUUUGCACAAAGACUUGUUUUGACUGGUGGGUCCAAAGAGUUGAAAUGCUACAACAGAGCUUUGCAUGAACUGUUCAAAGCAGUCGCCAAUCAUCCUGAGCAUUGUAGUUUGCAUGGCAACAAUGAGGACCUGAGUGCAGACUCCACAGUAGUCCCACUUCAGGAGUCUCAGGUGCUGUUUACAGAAAUGGAUGUGACCUUGCCUUCCUAUCUGGAUGGUAGCUCUGGGUCCCAGGAAGCUGAGAGUGACAGAGAGCUGCAGUGGGAUUUCCAGUUUCCCAACUCAUGUGACUCAUCUUCCUUUGCACUAGUCAAGAUUUACCAUGAAAUGAUGACCAUACACAAACAGCUAAAGGCAGAGCGACAAAAUCAGCAGCAGCGGGAGAGAGAACUGCAUGAGAGAGAAAGGAGGCUAAAACAGCAAGAAGAGGCUUUGCUGAAGCUGGCUGGGAUGAAAGAGAUGGUCCACAGUCGCAUUGUGACUAUAGAGGAGAAACACCAGCAUGAAUUGAGCCGGCUGCAGGACCUUCUUCGAGAGAGAAACAAAGAAAACAAGAGGCUUAAAAGCAAUUUCGAGACAAUCAAGGAGCUCAAUGAUAACAUGAAGAAGCAGUCGAAUGAGAUCAGUGAACGAAAUAAGAGGCUGGAGAGCCAAUCCAAGAGGGUGCAGGCUCGGCUUGAAAAUCUUCAGAGGAAAUAUGAGCACAAUUUAGCAACAAGAAGCUGCAACAAAGGGAGUAUUAAGAGUACCGAGUGUUUUAAACCAUGCAACAAGGAGAAAGCAACAGCUUCUGGAAAACCCAACAACAAGGGCAGCGUAACUCCCUCUCCACUGAAGCUCGUGGCCUUUCUGCUGGAGUGGGUGCUUGAUGUAACAGAAAACAAAGUGGAAGGUGUAGGCCGGUGUUCAGAGGUUCUGCUCAGCGAAAGAUGCCUCAAGGUGCUGCCGUUAUUAGCAGACCAGCUUCAUCACACUCCUUUGUCAGAACCUAAGCUCCUCCUCAACCUGCUUCGCCUCAUUUACUCUGCUUUGAGACACUUGGACAACAGCAGGCAGCAUGUAGCACCAUCUGCUACUCUGCAAUGGAUAGGAGAGGAAGUGUCAAAGCCUGCAGAAGAUUCAGAUCACCCUAUGAAAUGCUCUGAAGCAGCUGGAAGUUGGGCCCUUUACCGAAGCCCUUGUCCUCAUACACGGAUCCUUUCUGUCCUCAUUAUCUUCAGCACCAUCACACAAGCUGAUGUGCUGUCCCAGGCACUUGAAAGUCUCUAUAUAGAACUGAUGAAUGAGGAGAAUCGAGGGCUGUUCAUCCACUAUGGAGGAGUGCAGAGGCUGCUUUCAGUGCUUCAGGGGAGUCGCACAGGGCUCAACAUGCCUAUAGACAUUCUGAUGAAACUCAGUGAGGAGUCCUGCUACUUAAAUUCCUUUCUGGAUGCAUGUAGCUGUGAAGAGUUUUUCCAAACAUCCUUCUUGCUUCUUAAAAACCCUCAUCUGGACCUCCCAUCUUUGGAGAAGUUCUCCAUCCUUCUGCAGAAGCUCUCCAACAUCAGGAAGAACCAUCAUCUGUUUGAACUUUCCUCCCUGCAUCUCCAAAUAGAAGAGCUGCAUCACAAAACCAAAAACACACACGCUUUCCUCUGCCUGAACCUUAGAUCGAUCCUCCACAACAUUAAAUAAUACAAUUCUCAUCGUGUUGGUCUGCAGAGACUUAUUCAAGAUGACAUCCCUUCUCCUUCACUAUUUCAACACUUUCCCUGGAUUCUGUUUGGGGUUUUUUCUUCUUUUUGAAAGAUUUGCUUAAACUUCAAAAGUACAUGAAAACAGCAGCUCCACCCUGGUUUACCUCAGAUUAUAACUGGACACAUGCUUUCUUUAUUAGUAAUACAAUGAAGUGUUUGUAUUUUAUUUGUCAUAAGCACUUUGAUUUAAAGCUGUGUAUGUUUUAAGUCUCUGACCCAUAUUUUUCGUUUUCCAAAAUGCAAAUUGUUCUUUUUUUGGAGAUCAUAAACCCAUUUUUCCAUAUAAAAGUGAGUGUCACUCUUGCCAAGAGAGGUUGUGACUGUAAAAUGGUUUAAUAGCAAUAAACAAAAAGAACUGAAGCAUAUUAAGUUUGGAUGGCACAUGAAGUACUGAACCCCCCCUGUGUUUUGUAUAAACUUGUCUCAUUUCUUUGUUCCAGAGCAAGUCUGAGUUGACAGAGAGUAAUAGUCUCAAUAUGAGAUGCGCUAGUGGUGGUUGAUGGAACGCACUGGAGCAAUUACAGCUGAUAUUUCAAAUAUAAUUGAGUCAUUCUUUGGUGAAUUUAAAGGUUAUACAUGCAGGUUUUUUAAUAUCCGCAAAGCAAAUCCCCAAUUAAUUACGUUUGUUAAAGUGCAGACUUCUGCUCAGGUUAGGUUUUUGGAAUGAAAGAUUUGUGUUCUUAAAUCACGUGUUUAUUGUAAGAUAUAGACUACCAUGUACUCUGUCAUUGGGUUUCUUUGUAAACCCCAAAAAACUGAUUUAAAUUUGCACAUGAUUUGAUUCACUGGUAAACAUGACGCACUUCCUGGGAGGCAACAUGUCAUUUUCAGAUAAAACUACUGAUUUAUAUUGACAUUUUCCUCUUGUUUCUCCCAGUAAAAAUCUGAGCGUCUUCUGCUCCUAUGUUUUUGUCGGUGCCAUCAUCUCCAAACCAUACAUCACAGCAGAGCUCAGUGGCAUCUUGUAAAUCUUCCUUUUCACUGUUGCUGCAAUCCUGUCACAAAUUACCCCUGGCACUCAUCUCCACCCACUCUACCCUGCUGCACUCUCUUCUUCACCUCAUUUGUGCACCUAUACAUUGCUUUAGUUUGAUUGUUGAAACUCAUCUACCUUCACUAUUUCUACUCCUCGCAUGUUCACCUACCCCUUCAAAUGUGUUCUGUCCUGCUUCUGCUGACUUUCAUUCCUCUUCUCUUCAGUGCAGACCUCUACCUUUUCAGACUGUCUUCCAGGAGAGACUUCCCAGAGCCCUCCUACCUGACCUCAUCUGUCAGCCUCUGCGAAUUAAAAAAAAAAAAAAAAAAGGUGCUCUGAGCCAAUCUGUGAUAAAAUCCCACCUGUCCAACCACACACCUCAUCACAUUCUCAUACACGUUCUGCACCAGCCUCACAUACUUUGCUGCCACUGCUGACUUCCUCAGUUACCACAGUCCCUCUCUUGGAACCCUAUCAUGCUUUCUCUAGAUCCAUAAAGACCCCGUAUAACUCCCUCUGACCUCUGUAGUUCUCCAUCAGCACUCUCAAAGCAAACAUCACAUCUGUAGAGCUCUUUCUCAGCAUUGAUCAUCACCUCACCCCGACUCUGCCAUGGCGUCUUGGCAUGGCUCAUCAACUUAUUCCAUCUGUAGUGCAUUUCUCUUCUCUUACUGUCCAGCUUCACAUACAAUUCACUAUAAGCCUUUUCCUUUGCCACCUCUCUAUGCCGCCUUCCUGUACUACUGUCUUCUUCCUUCAUCUCCCACUUUUUCUUUCCCAACCCCUUCCUUUGAAUACUUUACUGUACUUCCUCAUUAUACCACUAAGUCUCCUUGUCCUCUUUCCGUUGUCCAGAGGAUACAUCAAACAGAUUCUUGGCAGUUUCUCUCAGCACUAUGGCUGUACCUUCCCAGUCAUUUUGUAACUCUUCAUUACUACCCAGAACCUUUCUCAAUUCCUUCCUGAAUUUGGUGCAACAUUCUUCCAUUUUCAGCUUCCACCCUUUAAUCCUUGCCUCUGCCUUCACUCACUUCCUGUUCUUGAAGUGUUACAGACUACCAUCAAAUUCUGCCUAAUUGCAGAAAGCACCUCGCAGUGUGUAUGCACCACUUUAAUCUGUGUAUAAAGUCAUUUGUAUAUUUCUUUGUUACAAGGAAUACCUGUGUUAUAUCCAUCUUUGAUGUUUUUCAUGUCAUGGGAUGAUAAUGGAUAACAACGUAGCUUUUGGCCAGUAGCUCUGUUAUAAAUAACCUACCUUCAAAUCUGCUCUCAUUCUCCUGAUUCCUGCACGCUGCAGAAGGACAAACCAAUAAAUCCACUUACAUCUACUUAAAGUCACAGGCCCUAAAAUUCAAAGCUUCAGGAUUUUGCUUAAGAAUUAUAAAGAAACUUUUAUUACUGUUUGAGGUUGCACCAACAAUUUUAUUGAUCAGUUGUGUGAGUGAUGUGUUUAUAGUUAGAACUAUAGAACAGGUCAUUAUCACUCUUAAACAUAGGGGCUUUAAAUCAUAUGAUAUCUUUAUCAUAUCUCUCUAUAGAUAGUGAGCGAGAGAGAGCGAAAUUAUCUGUCUCUCUCAGAGGGAGAGAGAUUUUUCAAUUAUUCCUGUAUUCCUUUGUUGAAAGUAAAUAUUAUAUGUUUGUCCCUUGAUAUUAAAAUAGAAUUAGGAGUAUCAGAAGACCAAAUGUGGAUGAAAAUUAUUUAUUUGCUUGGUUUUUGCUUCACACUUUUGUAAGGUCAGUACACAAAAGAAUAAACUUAAAGUGUUUGUGGUAGCACAUCAAUAUGUUCUGAAUUUGUCUUAGAGAAGUCUGAAUAAUUUAAUCUUUCGGUUCAGGCCAUGUGCUGUGUGGUUAAUGAAAUCUCUGUCAACGUCAGCAUGUUAAAUCCGCUGUUUCAUCCUCAUCUGUCUCUCUUUGGGUGUAGUACAGAUUGAGCUGGAGCUCAGCAUCCAUUCACUCGUCACUUUCAGACUUCGUCAACUCAUCUGUUGCUUUGGCAAAGCUGCAAUCUGGAGAUGUUGUGCAGAAUGGUAACACGUGCAGUCUGUGCCAUUUAAACAGUGUUGUCAGGUUAAAACAAUGUUUCUUGAUGAGCAGUCAAGUUAUCCUAUAGGUACCACUUUUGUGGAUACACAAAGACCAACAUUUUCCUGUUGGAAGCAGCUGUCAGAAGAUGGGUACACUGUGGUCAUAAAGAGAUAGACGUGAUCACUAACAGUACUCUGGUAGGUGUUUAAAUGAUGCUUACUUGGUACUAAGAGACCCCAUGCAUGGCAAGGAAAUAUGCCCCACAGACUGAACAACUGAUACUGGCAGAUGGAUCCUUGCUUUCAUGUUGUUUACACCAAAUUGUGACAUCUGAAUGUCAAAACAGAAAUAAAGACAGAACAAGCAAUGUUUUUCCAAUCUUGCCCAGUUUUGGUUAGCCUGGAUGAAAUUUUGGUCUUCUGCAUACCUUAGUGGUUGUUUGAGUUACUGUUGCCUGAAGCAGUCUGGCACCUCUGGCACUAACAACCAUGUCACAUUGAAAGUCGCUUUCCUAAACCCCUUCUGUUGCUCAGUUUGAACUUCAGCAGGUCCUCUUCACCGCCUCUACAUGCCAAAAUGUGUGAGUUGCUGCAAUGUAAUUGGCUGAUGAGAAAAAGCCGUUAAAUACCUUUUAAUUACACCUCACAAAGAUGUUUCUCUAGAACUAACCAAAUAUAUCUUAAGUGUAGUUCAUUAGCCUUAAUAUAAUCUCGUUCCCUUUGUUCUACUUUGACUGUACUGUAGUCAGCAUGCAGUAAUAAUGAAUGUUAAAAAACACUGUAAUUGAAAAGAAUGCAGAAUCAUAAAAUAUGCUAUCGCUAUCUUGUGGUCUCUCUCAUUAUAGGCUUUACAAUUCUAAGUGUUGCAUUUGAUUGUCUAAAUCAAAUGCAGUCAGAUGCCAAAACAUUUAGACAUUUCCAACAUACAUAUUUAUUUAAAAACACAAUUUUGAAUUAUCUCAAGCAUCUUUUUCUGCUUUAUAUUCUGUGAUUAAAAAGUGUUCUCAUAGGUGCAUGUUACACAACAUAGUGUGAUAUUUAAGUGGCCAAUAACUGUGUUAUAUACAGCUAACACAGAUCUUUUCUCUAAGAGACAUCUGCAGCAACGUGACUGAAACGCUCCAACAAAGGAUAGACAGAACUGAUGGAACUCACUGUUGCUAUUUAUUUCAGCUAACUUUUCAUCAGUGAAAUUUAUUGUAGCUGACAUGAAUUCAAGGUGCAGGACUCUUCAAACAUUUUACAGCUGUCUUUCUACACUAAACGCGAUGGGCGUUUGACAGUAAAAUGGAUUUUGGACAGAGUAUCACUCUAACGAGCCCUUGACUGCCUAUGUGUCUAUUCCAGGAACUGUCAACAGAUGAAUUAUUUACGCUAUGAGCCUGGUUCACACUGCAGUGUCUGGCCUGUGUUUCCUAACAGGCUCACGUCUUCGAGUCUGCCCUGAACAAUAUCAUCUGCAUGACUUUAUCCUCUGAACUUGAUUUAUAUUUGGGGGGUUUUUUAGUGGUAAAAAAAAUUAAGAAAAUUACCCCGAAAGUCGCCCUGCUCUGGUUUGGCUGGUAAACCUUAUUAAAAUGUUUUCUGGUAAGGGGGAAGCAUCAGCACUUCCAAUCCAGCUAAACCUUAGAGCUGAGACAAUCAGCAAUUUAAUGUGGCAGCCCACCAAAUGUUUAUUAUUUCCACCAGCCACAAUAUGUGUAAAUACACUCUUUAAGUUUUAAGUAAUGCAAAAAAAAGGUCCAAGGAGGUUCUGGUAAUAUACCUGACUGUAAAUGAGCAGUUGUGUGAUGAGGCAAAGUGGAACCAGCUGUCGGGGUUUCAUAUAUGGUGGAAAGGCUGGGGUUACACCAGUUUCCAACUUUGAGUUUGUUUUUGCUUCUGUCAAAUGUCAAGCCUGAUUUAAACCAGGGGAUUUUCGUACAUAUUGCUUUGCCUGGUGUGUGUCCCCGUGCCUCUAAAUUUCUGUUUGUUUUUCUGGUUUUCACGAUGUGCUGAAGGCCUGCAUGUGAUGGCUCUGACUCGUAAACUUUUUCUGUUGCUCAACAUAACUGCAGAGUUGGUCAAAGGGGAAGAACAAUAUGAACACUAUUAUUUUCGAAUUUAACAGGAGUCCCAGAUUUAUAUAUUUUAUGUAACUGUUUUGCUUCAUCCUUCUGUUUGUGAGAUGGAAAUAGUUACAGCAAUUAGCAGGAUUUUAUAAAAAAGAGUCAAAGUUGGUUAUGUGGUAGUGAGCUUUAGGGCUGUCUUGAAGAUUUUAGGCUCUGCGCAUACAAGCCAUCGGUGUCCCUCUGCUUUUACUUAGUGCUAAGACGAUCCCCUCCAUAUUCCAGGCAUGUGAGUGCACCAGUCUUCAGUUGAAGAACUUUUAAUUGAUGUGAACACAUUUAUCUGGAACUCCAGACAGAUUUAGUUUAGAUCCAUAAAAGUUAUAGAAAAUACACCUGGCUGGGGUCUGGACACUACAUGCUCUUUGAUGUGUCUGCAAGUGAGUGACAGGGUUUGGUGUGUGCAUGUUGGUGUUGCUGUCUGGCAAAGGUUUAAUUACCCUCAUGGUUGGCACUCCUUGCCCUGAAGAAGCUUUUUAUGGCUUCAUCCCUUGUCAUAUGAAAGUAAGCCAUGCCAAGUGCUUUAGAUGCAGUAACAGCCCCUGAAGACAAACACACCCCUCCUCACUACUACCCAUGUGUACCUACUCUGUGUAUGUGUGAGGACUGGAAGGCAUAUUUAGUGGGAAGGACUAUUUGUGGUCAAUUUUGAGUAUUUGAGACUAGAUGAGAGAGAGACCUCAAUGCAUCCCCGAUGCCCCAAAGCAGCAUCGGCUUGUUUCCACUGCCAGCCAGAGUUUUUUUUU